CUCCUCUCACUCCCCACUCCCCAGCCCCAGCCCCAACAGAAACCCCGUCCAGACUGCGCCGCUUCGGCCCCAGCUUCUCAAUCGGACAUUAGGAGAGAUGGGGAGGCGCCGCCGGUUCACGCAGCAGCCCACCAGCGACGACGACGACGACGACGACAAAGCCGUCCCGCAGCCGCUCAGAACCACCAAGCCCACAGCCCCCCUCUCCCCGGGCGCCAAGAAGCAGCAGCGUCACCGUGCCGACGAGGACGACCUGGAACUCGAGGAAGAGGAAGAGGAUGAGAAGGACCUGGCGGAGUUGAGGAAGAACGAGGAGGAAGAGAGACGGGAGGAGACGCAGACCCGCCGCCGCAGGGGCCGCAAACCCAAGCGCCCCGCCGAGGAGAGCGACGAGGAUCCGGAGGAGAAAAAGGCGGAAUCAGAGGAGGAGGAGGAGUCCCGCGAGGAGGAUAGCACGGAGGCGGUACCCGUCGGGGAACCUUUGAAGGUGACCGGCAAGGGGAAGAAGCAGCGGAGGCAUUACCUCUCCUUUGAGUACGAGGGCAACACCUUCGAGCUUGAGGACCCGGUGCUGCUCACGCCCGAGCAGCAGAAAGAGAAGCCCUAUGUCGCCAUCAUCAAGGAUAUAACAGAAAAUGAUGGGAGCUUAUCGGUAACUGGUCAGUGGUUUUAUAGGCCAGAAGAAGCUGACAAAAAGGGUGGUGGGAAUUGGACAGCAAGUGACACAAGAGAGCUAUUUUAUAGUUUUCAUAUAGAUGAUGUGCCAGCGGAGUCAGUUAUGCACAAAUGUGUAGUCCAUUUCAUUCCACUGAACAAGCAGAUUCCCAGUCGAAAGGAACACCCUGGAUUCAUUGUCCAAAAAGUUUACGACACAGUUGCGAAGAAAUUGUGGAACUUAACAGAUAAGGAUUAUGAGGAUAACAAGCAACACGAAAUCGAUCUCCUCGUGAAGAAAACAGUGGACCGUAUUGGACAGCUUCCUGACCGUGAACCUAUAGAUGUACCUGCUGACAGUACUGAUCAGUUCUCAAAUAAACGCGGUCUACGAAAGAGACCUCCGAACCCUUUAGACGUGUCGAGAGAUACAACAGGCAAACCCGAGCAAUUCAUAAAAGCAGAGACACCCGGGAGUGAUAAUCUAAAGCAUUAUGCCAUCCUCGCCAAAUAUAAAGCUGUCACUAACGCCACUUAUCGCGAUAAGUGGCUUGAUAAACUAGUAGACACUAUUCCAUUAACAUCAAAAGAAGGUGCUGAGGCUUCUCAUGCCGAUGCUGGCAGUGUGGCCAAAAUUUCAAAUAGCUCUUCAUCUGCAAGGGAUCCUAGUUCAAGUGAUAAUGAAAAUUCAUAUCCACCAGAUGUGGUUGUUUCAAUAAUGGCCUCCUUAGAAAGGUCUACAUAUGACGCUCUUCAUGCUGACUUCCAGAAGUAUAAUCAGAAAAUGAGAAAAUUAGAAUUCAACAUCAAGAAUAGCCCUGUACUGCGCAGGCGACUGAUGAACAAGGAGCUUGACCCUCCAGUUCUUUUAACCAUGUCUCCAGAUGAACUAAAGGCUGGGUUGACACCAGCAGAGAAAACGUCUGAACCAGAAGAAGCAAGGCGAUUGCAGAUGACUGAUGCACGAUGUGAAAGGUGCACAGAAAAGAGAGUAGGCAUUUCUGAUAUUAUUCAUGCUGGUCAUGGAGAUCGAUAUCAGUAUCUCAUCUAUAGGAGGCCUGGAGAGUUGUUAACUCAAAGAAGUGGACUCGCAAGCACUUUUCCUCUGCAGGAAGUCUUGAAUGUAUUUCCUGUGGUUACACAUGGUUUUCGUCAAGAGAUGCCAUCUCAUCGCUGACGGUCGAUACUCCAAGUUCUGGUGGGAAUGUAGGCACCGCUCCCUGGGCAACAGCAAAGUUUGAUGUCCUUCAGAAGCAGCUGGUGAGCCCUCGGGAUCAGCCAGACAAUAAGGCAAGUGCUGAUGCUCUCCAGAAGAACACGGUGGCGUCCAUUCCUAAACUUGAGAGGCAGAAAUCAUUCAUCAAACCGAAGCCAGAGGAGCCCUCUGCACCCACACUGGAGAAACAGAAGGCGUUCACCAAGCCAAAGCCGGAGGAACCCUCUGCACCUUCGGCUAGUCAUUAGUGAAUGAUCAUGGGCGUUGCAAUGUUUCAGAGAUUGUACACCGGCAGCUCUUAAACAUUCAGUAGAAGCAUGAAUAGGAUGACAACACUUUCUUGUAGUCUAUCGUUAAAAAUUUCGAUAAACUAGUUUCAUACUUCCCCAA